UUGACAAAAAUAUCUAGGAAAGGCAAUAUGGCGUACCUAAUAACAAUUAAGAGUAACAAAAUCCCGAAAUAUUUUAACUACAUGUACAACGAGCCGGGGUGCGCAAAGUCCAUGAAAGAGUACGCUGCGACGAGAAAGUGCACAGUAGAGUGCAUAGCCGUAUCGGCACUAUACAAGGACGCUUGUCACAAGAUAAGACAUAAACAAGGCCAGCUGUCCAAGACCCUUGCUAACGUUGACUGCGCAAAGGAGCCAGUACGGGUUGUCAAGGUACUGAAGGACUUGGUUGACAUGGAUCUAAUUAUCGAGGCGGCUAUGUCAAGGACACACAAACGUCAGUUGGCAGCUUUGAGAGCUGAUCUAAGGGCCCAACAACCGACAGGACGGAAAACCUGUGACAGUGAGUCAGAUGAUGAGACACCUCAGUCACCAAGGUUAAAUGAUACUUUUGAGUCCCUGGAUAGUGUUAACCAAACACUUAUGGGCCUAACAGCGGACAGUGUGGAAGCAUCCAUUAACCAGACAGCGAUCAUGGAGAGUCUAAAAUCGCUACACAGAAAAGUGGAGGCUCAGGAUAAGAAAAUGGACAUGAUUCUACAGAUGCUACAAGGCAUGCGGGAUUACGAGGGUGCUACCCUGAUGGGAUGUGAGCUGAAUCCUAAGAUCGUGUAUGUAGAGUUCACCGCCGUUGUCCGCCGUCAGAAGGAGAUCUUGAAGAAGUUGGUGGAGAGAAAACAGGCGGAGAUAAGGAAGGUUCAUUCGGGACUAACCUGCUUCAGGGACGGAGUAACUGAGAUUCCAGUAGAGAGUAUCCCAGGGAUCCUUGAGACAGGAUACACUCCACCUCAGGCUAAAAAUACAAGGUCGAGUGAAGACAAGAUGGACCAGGAGACCCUGUACAACACCCUCAAGGUGAUUCUCCAUGCUUGCAAGACCUUCCAGUAUGCCUGGCCGUUCCUUAACCCUGUUGAUAGAAAGGCUGUUCCUGACUACUACGACCACAUCAAGUUCCCGAUGGAUAUGAAGUCGAUGGGUGAACGGUUGAAGGCCAACUACUAUGUGAACAGAAGGCUCUUCAUCGCAGAUAUGAAGAGAAUGAUCACCAACUGUAAGGCAUACAAUUCCCCUGAAACAGAAUACUUCAACUGUGCUACACACCUGGAGAAGUUUUUCUUCACAAAACUACGAGAUCAUGCGCUGCUAUAGAUAAACACCUGUUAAUGUACGAUGUAUAAUGUACAGAGAUUUUUCUUCAAAACUUCGAGAUCAUGCACUGUUUAGGCCACCACUAGUAGUGUACGAUAAACAUAGUUUUCUAAACAAAGCUACGAGAACAUUCUUUGCUUUAGUUUAACACCAGCACAUUUUACAAUUUUUACAGUGUAAAUUGUAAAUUAAUGUAAAAAACGUUAUGUGCAUUGCAAGUUAGAAGUUGUAAACUGUACAUUGGACAUUCAUGCAGUUCUUGGGAUCCAUUUCAUUUUAACUCGGAUCGGAAUCUGGAUGCAGCUAUUAAAUAUUUUUUUUAAUGAUGCUAAUUUCUUUUCCAAGAAAUAUUAUACCGGAAAUUUUUGUGUUUGCAAUAUAUUAUGCGGAAACUUGAUUUACUAUUAAAUGAUUUUUUAGGGUUUAGUUGUUGACACUAAAAUGUGUAAUAUGAGAAAAAAAAAUUUAAAAAAUAUUUUUGGUUGACAUUUUGCUGCUUGGAUCCGGAUCUGUAUCCAAUAAACUAAAAUGUUCAAUGGAUUCUAAGCCCUGGUGCAAAGUAUAUCCUCUGAUGUUAAUACCUUAUGAGAAGUAAAUGUACAAUGUACAGUUAUUUGUAGCUUCUCUGUAAUUAUUUUACUAUUUGUAAAACUUUGUUCAACGCUUUUGUACAUCAUUCAUGUUCUUUUAUUUCUUCCUAGUUCACGAAAUUACUUUAUUUUUUUUGGGGAAUAGUUAAUGUUUAAUUCACUUUAAGUAGAUAAUUUUCACGCGUUUGAUUUUAAUUAAAGAAGAUUAGACAUGUUCUACAUGUUUAAUUUUUGUCAACAUAUGUACUUGGACGUCUUAUUCAGUAGACAUUUCAUACAAGUUUAAUCUUAAUUUAUCUUAAAGGGACUGUAAGCGUAAUUUCAAAUGACCCUCCACGAAAAAUUGACAAUCUUAUUUACAGUUCUACCGGCCUUAAAAGCUUUGUCUGAUCAAGCAUGAAAUAGACAAAACUCAUGAUUUUUAAUUUUAAUUUCUCUGCAAAAGUGGCUUGCGCAUUUUUACUGCACUGCAGGAGAACGUACAUUGAAUUUUAUGAAAA